AUGUUCCAUUCGACGCCGCAGCUGAAUUUUACACCUAAUCGUCAGUUCGAGCGGAAUGCAUUUUCUCCACCUCCGAUUGGGUCCAGAUAUAACGACUACCAUAGGCAAGAAUGGGUGCGAUCUCCGGAGCCUGUAAAUCUUCCACCACCGAUUCCACCACCUCCAGUCAACUAUAUUGGGCCGCAGGUUCCGAUCCAUCAUGCUCAGAAUCAACCCGACCGGACAAAUGGAUACUCUGAAAUGGUAUCCUUCCCAGCUUCCAAUGAUCAAUCACCAACCAUUCGGCAUCCUCCUGUUAUUGCUCGAAAUCUUCAGCCCGUUCUCCCAGCUGAUUUCCAGCGCGUAUAUAAUUUGCCAGCUCCUCCUGAAGACCCUCUACCACAACAAGUAGAAGGGCCACAACGAAAUCGAGCUGUCGCGUUGGGGACUGUUACCGAACUUGGGUAUUACAACAAUAAAUCUGGUCAGCAACCGCCUGCGUUAAACAGCAGUCUGAACCGAUCAUUCGCAAUCGUGUCGCGUCCCUUCUCUCCUCAAGCUACAAUCGUACAACCGGUACAACCAAUUCAACCUGUACUUGAAAAGCCGAUAGUUCACAACUCAAUCGUCAAACUAUCCCCGUCCAUCAGCAAUGCUUACUAUGAAUCGGCACAAUUACAAAAUGAGACUCCACGCCGUGAAGCUGCUCCUCCAAUGCCGAAGGCUCUUUCUUCACCAACAGAAGAAAGAAUACGUUCACCGGCACAAAUGUCAGCUUCACCCAUUGGAUCUGUAUACGACAAUCAAGAAGAAGAGAUGAGGGCCAGAAAUCUUGCUCGCCAGCAUUAUCGAUCACCAUCCCCGCCUUGGAAACAGGGUCGUGCUCCCAGACCACAUAGCAUUCUCGUUAAGGGGAAUAAGCUGGAGGGCAAUAAAGCUAGCAAAAAAGUGGUCUUUGAUGUUGACGACAAUGAUGAAGAAUCGAUUCGACAAAAUCAGUUGAAGCAGGCUGAUGCGGAACUUUCUAUUUAUCAUUCGGAUGGAACAAAUGGUUACCGGGGUGAUUCCGGAAGCGCUGGUUCGGAUUCCGGUGAGCCGAAGCAUGUGCAAGAUUACGAUGACGCCAUCUCCGAGAAUCUGCACAAGUUCGUCACCGUUUCAUCGGUGAUCGGCGGAGAUCUAGCUGCCGUGGCAAAUGCUUAUAAAGCAUUGUUCGAUCGCCAGCGCGAGUUUCUGUUCUUUGCCGCACGCAACAAGGAGCUGGACGCGGCCGGCAUCGACAAGUCGAUCCCUAUGCAGAAACUUAUUCAAGCCGUCCAAGAAAUCCACGGGCUCAAGGAUAGGAAUCGCAACAAUGAUCUUGUCAACCACUUUAAUGCCCUCGCUGAGGCUAGCGCUGCGGUCGGAUGGGUGAAGGAGAAGCCCAAGCCGGCCCCGUUGGUCAAGGAAAUCCUUGAAGCCGCGAAGUUCUACACGAACCGCAUUCGCCUCGCCUACAAGAAAACGAACGAAAACCACAUCGAAUGGGUGAAUGCCCUUGAGGGUCUGAUGACUAACCUUAAUGAAUUCAUCCGGAAGGUGCACACCACCGGACUUGUGUGGAACUCCGCACCGGGACCUUACACGCCCCCAACCUCGACCGCCCCAACGGCUUCUGCUUCUGCUCAUCCACCUGUCCCUGACCUUUUUGCCCCGGCCGCCAGCACUGGUGAUGCCGAGCGCACGAAGCGCGAUGCUUUGUUUGCGGCGCUGAAUCAGGAGAGGGCAUCACAGCACCGUGCCCGCCAAGAAUGCGCCUCCCCGGUUCCGGGUGGACCGGCGGCUCGACCAGCCCCUGCUGUCCAGAAGCCGCCUAAGAUGGAGCUCCAGGAUGGCAAGCAAUGGAAUGUGGAAUACUACAAGGGUACCUCCGAGCCAGUGGUUGUCAACGUGACGGACAAAAACAGACCGUCUACGGUGGCCGGCAAGUGCAACUCAGUGACACUGGAUCAGUGUAAGAAGGUGGCCAUCGUGUUCGACGCCAUUGUGGCCCAGGUCGAGACCAUCAAUUGUCAAUCGCUGCAAAUCCAGACGAUGGGUGAGAUGCCUACGGUUUCGGUGCAGAAGACUGAUGGAUGCCAGAUCUAUUUGUCGGAGGCGUCGAAGGGUGCCGAGAUCGUCACUUCAAAGAGCUCCGAAAUGAACGUUCUGGUCCCUGGUCCCGAUGGCGAUUUCAUCGAGCUCCCCGUCCCCGAGCAGUUCAAGACCGUCUUCCAGAACGGAAAGCUUGUCACCACCGUCUCCGAUAUUUGC